AUGGAUGGGCACCUCGAGCAUCGUCUUACCGUAAAUAUUGGCUCUGAAGCGGCGGAAGCUGAAUCAUUGAUGACACCCAAAGAUGAAGUGGCUGCUUCAAGAGAGCAGACCACGGCACGCGGUAAGAAGGGUGCACCGGCCAGGCGACAGAGGGACUCGCUGCAUAAGAGAGGAUCCGUCUAUGCUUCUCUUGUGGUCCUGGCCUUCACAAUUGGUCUUUUACUAGGCACACAGCUGUCUUUCCAACGGGUCCAACUGGGCAUCCCUGUCCGCCUUCCCCUUCUCAGGGACCGUAAGGAGCAGGAACUCUCGCUGGAAGCGCCUCCGCGUCAUUCAUCUUUGCCAACGAAAGAUGAAGCUGGAUUGGGCACUACCAAAGUGUGCCAUGCACGUCCUCCAUCCAUACCACAGCCAUCGUCUCACGAUGCAUGGGGCUUGCCGCUUCUUAAUCACUUUGAGCAGACGCUGUCUCCGGAGUUGAAGCAAGGCAAAGAGGAAUUUGCUUCUUUGCUGCGCACGUUGGGCUCAUCUAAGGAUGAACCCAACGAGGUCUCACGUGCCAUAGAAAAGAAGGCAGCUGAGGCUCUCUCUGGAGGAGAGGUGGACGAGUUGGUUGGGAUGACUAUUUCUCUACGUGAUGUUAAGCCGAUAAAGCCAGCCGAAGAAGAAGGCGCGCAUGUGCCACGCUCAGUCAAUGUCAAACGGGUCGUGAGUGUGCAGUACCCGAGUAUCGUGAUGGAAGUAGUGGAUACGGAUACUGGGCAUACGCAUGCGAUGAGAAUCCGAGUGUUCUCUGCAGAGGGCAUUCGGAACGCGCAAGAGGAAAAGGAACUUUUGGCAUCAACGCAAAGGUGGGCGGACUCGGAGGAGGUAAUCGCAAGGCAGGCAUCGCACGGCACGCCGGCUCAUUUGGUUGCAACGCAAAAAGGUUUUGCAAUUCCCUUGUAUACGGGAAACGUUGCAAAUGUUCCCGACGUUGUUUUGCAUCGGGGAUUUUAUUUCUUCAGUCGCGUGCAGAUCACGCAAAUAUUGAACGGAGAAUCCAGUUUGGGCUCUCUCGCCAUGGCCGACAUUUCAGUGCGCGCAAAGGAGUACAUUGCCCACCGUUUGCUUCAUAUAGUGCUUAAACUGCAGCAGGCGCUACUCAGCCACAACGAUCUUGACUGGAACAACAUAAUAGCCCGUCCAGAUGGCUCUUUAUUUAUUGGUGGUUUCGAUGCUUGCAUUCCUUUCGGAAAAGCUAUUGGGGUGCACAUAAGGCUUUCUGGGAGGCACGUGGAGCCGACGCUGCGGAUUCAAGAGGGCGUGUAUGGAGGUGAUGCUGUUCCUCAGGCGAACAGCGACCUUUGGUCCCUGGGAAUGCUACUUUACGAGCUGUUCACAGGCGGAGGUGUGCCUUAUACUGAGGAGGAGAGCGACUACGUCGAUUUUGCAGAGUCCAUGGCCAGAUACCUCAUCGACAAGGAAGUGGACCCUGUGGAGCUCGUGUAUGACCUGGAUAAGGCGAAUUGCCCGGUCAGAUGGAAACAGCUUAUCAUGAAGCUUCUUAAUCCCGUCGGAGGCUCAAGAAUAACGGCAUGGGGAGUCCUCAUGGAGUUUCCCGACCUUGUAGGCCACCGCUUGCCAAAGUAG